UCCACAACAAAAAAUAACAUGCACACCCACUUAAAACCCUUAAAAGACAAGAAAAAAUAUUCAAGUUUUUCUCACCGGCGUUCCCCGUGCGCCAUCGUUCCUAGCUUCCUUCGCGCCGUAUUGACUCGUUCCUGUUCUGUGCCCGCGUCGUUUCUACACGCAUUCUGCUUCGCCAUUAAUCAUUCCGCAAUGGCUGCUUACACAACGGACGAAGCUCGCCAGCUAUCAGUGUCACCGGAUCCGAUAAAGGUAACACUCUCCGACGGAAAUGUGAAGGAAGGAAAGAAUUGUAAAAUCUCUGCGAAUUUAGCCUCCAAUGCCCUUAUUGCUAAGGAACAUUUGCAUCAGGCUACACUGUAUGAUCAUAAGAUUUUGGGAGUGAAACAGGAGCUUAUUAUUCAUCAUGAAUGGAGUCCGGGAAGCUGGUUUUUUCUUCCACAUGGUGCUCGGAUCUACAACAAACUCAUGGACUUCAUUCGAAAUCAAUACAGAGACAGGGGCUAUCAAGAGGUUAUAUCCCCGAAUGUCUUCAACAUGGAUCUGUGGGUGCAAUCUGGUCAUGCAAAACAUUAUAAAGAGGAUAUGUUUGUCUUAGAGAUCGACAAACAGGAGUUUGGAUUGAAACCAAUGAAUUGCCCAGGGCACUGCUUGAUAUUUAAGCAUAGGGUUCGAUCGUACAGAGAACUUCCUCUUCGUUUAGCUGAUUUUGGGGUUUUACAUCGAAACGAGGGCAGUGGUAACCUGUGUGGAUUAACACAUUCUCGUAGAUUUCAGCAGGAUGAUGCACAUAUUUUCUGCAGAGAGUCCCAGAUAAAAGAUGAAGUCAUAAAAGCCUUGAACUUUAUAGAUUAUGUCUAUCAAAUAUUUGGUUUCACAUAUGAACUGCAACUUUCAACGAGGCCAGAGAGAUGCUUUAGAGAUUUUGAAAUGUGGGAGAAGACUGAAAAUGCUCUCAGGGAAGCUUUGGAUGAGUUUGGCAAGCCAUGGCAGUUGAUUGAAGGAGAGGGUGCAUUCUAUGGACCAAAGAUAGACAUCAGUGUAUCUGAUGCAUUCAGUAGGAAAUUCCAGUGUGGAACUCUACAGCUCGACUUCCAACUUCCUGAUAGUUUUAAAUUGGAAUUCUCAACUGAGGAUGAAGCCAAAACUGAGAGACCUGUUAUGAUACACCGAUCCAUUCUAGGUUCUGUUGAACACAUGUUUGCCAUACUUUUAGAGCACUACAAGGGUAAAUGGCCCUUCUGGCUCAGUCCUCGUCAAGCAAUUUUGUGCCCCGUGUCCGAGAAAUCACAAGCUUAUGCGCUGCAGGUACGUGAUCAGAUCCAUCAAGCAGGGUAUUACGUAGAUGUUGAUACAACUGAUUCGAAGAUUCAGAAGAAGGUACAUGAAGCUCGGGUAACACAAUACAACUACAUUUUGGUUGUUGGAGAAGAGGAAGCUAAUACUGGACAGGUUAGCGUCCAACUUAGGGAUAAAGAAGACCAUUGCGUUUUGAGUAUUGAGGACCUACUCAAACACUUUAAAGACGAAGUUGUUGUUUUCCACUGAUAAUUUGCUUGUUUUGAAAACUAGACCAGACUGGUGAUUCAACUGGUGAAGGCAAUGGUUGAAUUAAGUGUUAAAUUAUAUAAUUUAGUACCUUUAUAUAUUAAUAUGUAAGAUAAUGUUUAA